UUUUUUCCCUCUCCCUCGUUCUCGUUACCUGUCAGAAUUUCUCUCGGGUUCGUUUUUUAAUAACCGUAUUUAGAUUAAUUCCUUCACUAGUUAACUAUAAGUUCGGGGGGUUGGUGCACGUACUAGAGAGUCUAGUUUUCUUCAACCUCAUCCUCUGACCUCCUGGCUCUCCCAACCACCAAAUGUGUGUGGCCAGUGAACCUGCUACCAUGCCCCUUCCAUAACAAUAAUAAUAAUAAUUAUAAUCAUAAUCUCACCUUCGUCUCUCUUUUUAUCUUUCGCUCCUUACCAAUUGUGACGCUCCUUUACAUGCCAUUUGUGGCAAGCCAUUCAUUUAUUCAUCUGUCAUCCCGAUGAAAUCUCGGUGGAAUUCCACUGUCCGAGCGUCAAGUAUGCAGACCAGCAACAUGCGCCCUCGCCGAAAGACGCGAUUGCCCAGUCUCCGCCAUUUAUUACUGACGGUCAUUGCGGUCCCCUCGGUCGUUGCGUCGGUGAUCCCACCCGUUGUCCAGACAGAUCUAGAAUCCGCCCUCUCUCUCGCGUCUGUCAGCGGAGAGAUCGUCGGCGAGGAUCUUCACGAUGUAUCUGAUACUCCACUCAAGGAACGUGCGGAACCAUACCUCCGCGACGUCACCGUCCAGCUCGACAGCAGCUAUGAUGAAGAGGCAACGGACUCGCCAAUCCUCGUCUCACCGGAGGAAAACCGUGACGACAACACCCAGUCAACCUUGUCUUCCAGAUCAACAAACAGCGACCUCCCCGCGCCAUUCGACACCAACCUCUCCACCAACUUCACCUCCGACACCUGCCCCAAGUUCUUCAAGAAGUUCCUCUCCGACUCCAAAUUCACCAGCUGCUACGCGCUCUCCAUGUUCAUCCGGGACUCCAGCUCCUUCUUCCAAACCCUCAAAUCCGCCGCCGCCACCUCCCGCCUGCUGGACCUCGCCUGCGCCGCCGACGUAUCCCAAUGCUCCUCCCUAAUGUCCGACCUCGCCUCGCGCAUCACCAAAUCCGACGCCUGCGCCAAGGACUACGAACUAGGCAACCCCAUCGUCACAAACGCCUACACCGACAUGAUCAUCUACGAACCCAUGUACCGGGCCACCUGUCUCAAGAACCCCUCCACAGGCGCCUACUGCUUCGUUGACGCCGUCACCAACAGCUCCAGCCCGGCCGACUACGAUGUCUACUCCAUCCCCUACGGCACAACCCUCACCUACCCGCCCUAUCCCACCUGCGACAAGUGCGUCCAAGCAUCCAUGGACGUCUUCGGCGAGUGGGCGCAGAAAAAAGGCCAGCCGCUCGCCCGCUCGUAUCUCCCGUCUGCAAGGGCCAUCAAUUCUCAAUGUGGGGUUAGUUUCACGAACGCUAAUAUCACGGUUGCGGCGGAGGCGGCGAGGUCGGCUGCGUCGUGGGCUGUUGUGCGCCCGGAUCGGUGGCUGGUAGGUUCGAUUGUUGCGGUGGGUGUGUUAGGGUUGUGUUGAUUGUUACUCUUGUAUGGCUUUUGGUUUGGUUUGGUCUUGUAGAAAUUGUAUAUUCCCCCUCUUUCUUUUCCUUGCCCUUUUUUUUGGUGCUUCGAACGGACUUAGGUCACGGUUAUGGGUUAUGACAGCGGUUGCUUAUUUCUUUCGUUCCCUCUCUUUCUCUCUCUUUGUGUUUUUGUAUUGUAAUAAUAUUUAUAUAUUUAUAUAAUUGGGUUAUUGGUUUUUUUCCAACCCGUCUCGGUCA